AUGGAGGGCAUCAGCUUUGAUAUCAACGAUGCGCUCAAAUAUUACAUGAGUGAUCCCUUCACCGUCCCCACGCCUGAAGCCGACCCAUCUCUCCUCGACUGCGAGAACGAACCGGAAUCCCUCACAAAUGCCGUCAUCAACCCCGUCCUAAAUCAGAUUGUCGAUGGCGUCGCCGAGUGUCCCGAGGCCAUCGCGCGGCCCGCCAGUCUUGAUUCUCUCCAGUUCUUGUUGAAAUAUCCGUCUUUCCUACCGACUCACGCUCUUAGCAAGAUCUUUGACCUGGUCAUGUCCGGGCUUUCCGCCGAGGCCGACGCAAUCCACCUCGAACAUGAGUCACCCGAUGAGGAGCAGGAAUCGGGCGCCCACCACAAACAACUCCUCGAGAUUUACGGCUUCCUUCUCCAAUGGACGAUCGCAGCCGUGGAGACCAAGGCCGCCGAGAAGUCCUCCACCACCGCGCCCCUCCAGGCUGCCAUGGAAAUCAUGUGCAAGGUCUUGAAGCUCAAGCUCUCCAAGAUAUUCAUGACAACAUCCGAGCGCGAUACUUUUAUCCAGCAGCUGAUUACCCGACCGGUGUACCUGAUACUCGAGAGCGAGCAGAGGGUGAAGGAGAUGCCCAUUCGUAUGCACGCCUUCAAAGUGCUCUGCAUAGCCAUCAAGCACCAUGGCCACGGAUAUGCCGCCCAAAUCUCCAUCGUACAGAACCUGACGUACUUUGAACAUCUCUCGGAACCCAUGGCCGAGUUCCUCCAUAUCCUCGCCGAGACUUACGACUACAGUCAGCUGGCCGAGGAGGUGCUUCGAGAGCUCAGUAACAAGGAGUUUAACUCGAAUGAUACUAGGGGCCCCAAGUCUGUUUCCAGCUUCAUUGUCAAGCUAUCCGAACUAUCGCCUAGGAUCGUGAUCAAACAGGUAACCAUGCUUGCCAAGCAACUCGAUAGCGAGUCGUAUACGCUACGAUGCGCUUUGAUCGAAGUUUGCGGCAACAUGAUAGCACAUCUAAGUCGCCAAGAUGAGCGCGGCGAGAACCACAAGACUCAACUCAACGCCUUCUUCGACGUGUUGGAGGAGCGGUUCCUCGACAUAAACCCCUAUUGUAGGUGCAGGACGAUCCAGGUCUACGUCAAGCUCUGCGAUCUCGAGCAAAAGUUCCCCAAGCGCAGACUCAAGGCCGCCGAGCUGGCUACGAGGAGUCUCGAGGACAAGAGUAGCCACGUGCGCAGGAACGCUAUCAAACUCAUGGGAAACCUUAUCAAGACCCACCCCUUCACGCACAUGCAUGGCGCCCAGCUCGCGCGCAAGGACCCCCGCGGACGCGCCGCCAUGGGCGACGACGCCAACACGACCAUGGAUCAGGGUCUCAUCGACGAGGCGACGCAGAUCGAAUCACCUCAAAAACAGCGACAGGCGGCGCCCAUGACCGAUGAAGAGAAGAUUGCCGCCAUCAAGAAGGCCCAAGAGGAGGCGGCCACAUCUGAAGCCAUCAGCAAACUUACUCUCCAGAAGAGGUAUUACGGUGAUGCGCUCAGGUUUAUCGAUGUCGUGCACGAGGCAACCACCACCGUUUGCCAGCUCCUUGGCUCCAGGAACAAGAGCGAAGUCAUCGAAGCCAUUGAUUACUUCGAAGUAGGCGAUGCAUACAACAUUGAACAGAACAAGGUGGGCAUCCGUCGCAUGCUCAGGCUCAUCUGGACCAAGGGCAACAGUGACGAGGGCAAGGGUGUCCAGACCCACCUCAUCGACUGCUACAAGAGGCUAUUCUUCGAGGCGCCCGACUCGUUCAGCCCGAACGAUGCGGCCAUCUACAUCGCCCGCAACAUGAUCAGUCUUACCUUUGGCGCUACGCCUGCCGAGCUCACCUCGCUCGAGCAGCUGCUGGCCACCAUGAUGAAGGGCGGCCUGAUUCCCGACAUUGUCAUCGCGAAGCUUUGGCAAGUGUACGGCGUGCAAAAGCGCGAGAUGUCCAAGAAGCAGCGACGUGGCUCCAUCAUCAUCCUGGGUAUGCUUGCGACCGCGAGCCCCGAGAUUGUCGUGGGCGAGAUCGAGACGAUGCUUCGGACUGGCCUCGGCGCCCAUGGCAGGGCUGACCUGCAGCUCGCCAAGUACACGUGCAUUGCCCUGAGCCGCAUCAACCCAACAGGCCGCUCCAGCAAGGAUUCCAACGUCAAGUUCUCGCGCCUGCCCAACGACCACGCCGUCCUCAUGAGACUGGCGGCCAUCACCGAGGUGCCCACCGAGAGCAAGGAGUGGUACGGCGUUGCAGAGCAAGCCAUCAAUGCCAUUUAUGCCAUUGCCAAGCACCCCGACACUCUUUGCUCGGCGGUGAUCCGCCGCAAGACGAGGCAGGUAUUCAGCGGCGCGCCAUCGCGCCCCACCUCCCGCGACGAGACCCAGGCUGUCACGCAGGCCAUUACCAUGGCCAUGGAUACAGAUGCCACGCAGCCCGCGGUGCUCGCACAGCCGAGGACCCGGGACGCGGCCGUCGGCCUAUCCCAGCUCUUCUUCAUCGUCGGCCACGUGGCGAUCAAGCAGAUUGAGCGCGAGCUAGCCUCCAAGGCGGAUAAGAGCAUGGCCAAGGACAAGGAGGACGAGGGCGACGAGCUCGACCUCAUUGGCGGCACGACGGAGGACGACUUUACCGAGGCGAUGGCGCACAUUCGGGAGCGCGAGCUCCUGUACGGGCCCAACUCGCUCCUCGCCGUCUUUGGCCCGCUGGUGUCGGAGAUUUGCGCCAACAACACGACGUACAGCGACAAGGGCCUGCAAGCGGCGGCGACGCUCUGCCUCGCCAAGCUCAUGUGCGUCAGCUCCGAGUACUGCGAGGCGAACCUGCCCCUCCUCAUCACCAUUAUGGAGCGAUCCGCCGACGCGACGGUGCGCUCCAACGCCGUCAUCGCCCUCGGCGACAUGGCCGUGUGCUUCAACCACCUCAUUGACGAGAACACCGACUUCCUCUACCGCCGCCUCGCGGAUACGGACGCGUCGGUCAAGCGCACCUGUCUGAUGACGCUCACCUUCCUCAUCCUCGCCGGCCAGGUCAAGGUCAAGGGCCAGCUGGGCGAGAUGGCCAAGUGCCUCGAGGACGAGGACAGGCGCAUCGCCGAUCUCGCGCGCAUGUUCUUCACGGAGCUCAGCACCAAGGACAAUGCCGUCUACAAUCACUUUGUCGACAUGUUUAGUCUCCUCAGCGCGGAGAGGGCGCUUGACGAGGAGAGUUUCAGGAGGAUUAUCAAGUUCUUGCUCGGAUUUGUCGAAAAGGACAAGCACGCCAAGCAGCUCUCAGAGAAGCUGGCGGCCAGGCUCGGCCGAUGCGAGACAGAAAGGCAGUGGAACGACGUCGCAUUCGCCCUUGGUCUCCUGCAGCACAAGAACGAAGAGAUUACGAAGCUCGUCUCCGAGGGCUUCAAGGUUGUCCAGAUUGCGGCGUAG